CCCCUCAUAGUGGCGCGUGAUCCCGCCCGGAACCAUUAGGCGGUUGCACCAGAGAGAGUUGUUUGAGCAACAGAGGAGGCUGCUAGCUGCACAGUAAGCGAUCCAGGAUGGCCCAGGCAGACGGCAAGUUGCUGGUUCUGGGAGCGUUGGCUGGAGUGGCUGGUGUCAGUUUGGCUGUGAUGUGUUACCAGGGCUUUAGUUCACGACGAAGAGCCUCUUGGGCAGGGCCAUACCUCAACCACACUAAUGAGCAGGGGCCUGGCAUCAUGUUGGUGGACGGUCCAGGUCUGCCAGAGGGUCAGGCUGAGGUGCUGGAGCGCCUCGAGGCCCUGCUCCAGUGUGUAUCUGAGCUCAAGGAUGAGAUGAAGGCAUUGAAGAUUGCUCUGCCUACACUGCAGGAGCAAGUCAGGGAGGAGCUGAGGGGGCGUGAUGAAGCACGUAGAGCCAGCCCCCUACACAGAACCACGCCAACACGGAGGAAACGAGCUGCGGGCGCUAUCAGUGGCACCAGAGCUGAGGCUCGGAGCUCAGAAGAGGCAGAGAGUGAGGGAGGGUAUAUGACUGCUCUUACAGACUCUGAGGAUGAAGAGCUAAGUGAUGAAGAACAGAGGGAGGAAGAACAGCCUGCGGACAAGUUAUCGAUUCUCCUUGAGAGGAUCGACUCUUUGCACCAUGGCACUGAAUCUGAAAAAAGAGAGAGUCUCAACAUACUUUUGGGGCACAGAGAGGAGGAGUUUGGACAGAACUCGAUGCUUCUCUGGCGGCUGGUCCGAGCUUACUGUGAUGUUCAUGAUGUCAGUGCCACUCUAGAGGAAAAGAAGACCAUUGCACAAACUGGGAAGAAAGUUGGUGAGGAGGCGGUGAGCCUGAACCCCACAUGUGCUGACAGUCAUCGGUGGUAUGCCAUCAUGUGUGGAAUUAUGACAGAAUAUGACACUGUGCAGAACAAGAUAAAGAAUGGAUACAUCUUCAAGGAUCAUCUGGAUAAAGCCAUUGAGCUGAAGCCACAAGACCCGUUGUCCUACUACCUGCUGGGCCGCUGGUGCUACUCCGUCGCUCAGUUGUCGUGGAUUGAGAGGAAAGUGGCGGCCACAUUAUUCGGAGAGCCUCCAAGUGCCACAAUUGAAGAUGCACUUAAGAAUUUUCUUAAGGUUGAGGAGAUCCAUCCAGGGUAUUCGAAAGUCAACUAUGUAUAUCUAGCCAAGUGUUACAGAGACCUGGGGCAGAGAGAAAAAGCCAAGAAGAUGUGUGAAGCUGCUUGUUCAAUGAAUUCCGUCUCCAAAGAGGAUGAAGAUGCACAAAAGGAUCUGGACUCUCUCUGCCCAGCGCUCGGAGUGUGAUGACACAGUGUGUGUGUGUGCACGUGUGUGUGUGCGUGCUGAGGCCCUCAUGUUAAUUCACUCUGUGAGUGGAAGGAGGUGUGGUGUAGCUUUUUAUCACCAGUGCGAGCAACAGGAACAGACAACCACCCUCUGUUCUUUUAAAUCGGACGUUUCUAAUCCUGUGUAGUUAUAUAAACAUCACAUACCUGGUUGUACGAAAUCAGUGAGAGAAUUUCUUCCAUCUCUUUAUUAAUCUUCAUCCAGCCUUUGUGAUGGGUUUUUGUUGAUUUUGAUUGUAGAGAAAUUGGAUGGAUAAUAGUAAAUUCAGUGUGAUGUUAGGAUAGUCUGUAUAUCCGUUCCUAUCUGGUUCAGUAGCAUGUUGCACAUAUCCCUCUGAGGUCUGAUUCCUGCAAGUUUCUACGACAACAAAGACAUGUCACUUUUGUGAAAGUGUCCUAUGGGACUUCUUCCUUCCUCUUUUGUCCUUUUUGUUGUUGUGUGACUGUCUCUCUGUCACUACACAUUCAAGUGGCAAUAACAAAAGCAUAUCAGACAAUGGCGCACCCAAACAAAGAUAUCGGAGCGCCAUGACCACUGGGUGACCUCUCGUCCUCUUCGCUCUGCUGUCGUUCAGACCAACGUUAAAGCUCACAGGCCACAUCUAAGCACACAUGUUCUAAAAUAAUGUGUGCAUGUGGUGAACACACGUAGGUGAAUAUGUUCUCUUAUGAUCUCUUUCAUGAUAUGUGAUGUUUUGUGGUUGUUGACUUUGGCAGCGGUUCAUUGAAGACAAUGCUUGGUUACCUCCUUCUAUUCAGCACCUGUGACAGUAAUGUCACUCUGGUUUAAUUGCAGUUUAUGAAGUGAUCCAACAGGAAGACACAACUUAGUACACUAUUUGCAAUGGGUGCAGUUGGUUUGUAAUGUUUAUUCUGGACCGCUGUUAUACACAUCUGUCAACAAGCCCUAUGGAAUUAAUCGGAAGUCUAAGUCAUGCAUAUAUCACAAUGGACUUUUAUGACAUGAUGCGUCAUCCCUUACAUUUUUUUAAUCUACUGCUUAUCAAUCAACUCUAUUUGAUGUUUUUAGAAUUUAAAACAAUAAGCACCCAUAGUGACGUUUUUUAAAUAACAUACCCUUCCGACUCCUUUAAAAAUUUUCAGGAAACGUUUUCUUUCAGCGUGGCAACCUAAAUCCUUUCAUUUCCCACUUGUUCCUCUCUUGAGCUCUGGCUCCCUUACACUCACUUUUAAAUGAGUGUAAUCUAAAGCCGAUUUAAUAUUGAGAUUUGAUCCGUUUCAUUUUUAACUUUUUAUGUCAAACAGAGAAGAGAGCCUUCCUCAGCACACCACCCAAGCUCAAGAGUUUGUUUGUGGAGAGCUCCUGUUUCACUGUGGUUAUAUACAACAUCUAAUUUUCCCAGAUGAGGUUAACUUUAAGUUUUGCUCAGGUUUCUAUUAAUUUAGAAAACAUCCUGGACCAGUCCACAUAGUUUUUUCCAUGAAGUGACAACAUAUGAUUAUGGUGGCUGAUUAGAACAAUGAAGAACUAAUAUUAGAUGAGGGUGUUUAAAAAGAAACCCGACUGAUUUGCAUGUAAAUUCAGUCAUUGAAAGUGAGAGCAAGUUAAAGGAGAAAUUUUUUUUUUUUUUUUCAACCUGGACCCUAUGUUUAGAAAUGUGGGUGUGUACAUGAAUGAUAAUUGUAAAACUUUUUGGUAUCAGUACGGUAGAUUCCUUCCACCCGCACCAUAACACAGCCGCAGGAGCUACAGUGUAACCAUAUGGGGCAACAGGGACAGCUCAUCAGAUGUCCACUACAUGUCUACAUCAGUAACAGAUUCAGCCAUAAUGGUUUUUCUGAGUAGAAAACAAACUCUCCUCCCAACUCUCACCUGCACUCACGUUUCCUCCACCGUCUUCUUGCAACAACCCGGGGAAAGUGAUAAACGAGUAACGUUAACAGACUUGAAGCAAAGACCCAGAAUAACAUUUCAGCUUUUAUUGAUGGAAAAAAAGCAUGUUUAGCGGACAUUUUGUGGGCUGUUGAAGUUAUCCUAUAAGAUUGCAUUGUAGCCUCUGUGUCGAGAUGCGGCUGCUAGCAGAGAUGCUCUACUGGACCGAUUCCAAACAUUUUUGUAAGUACCAUUUAUUUACACACCCACAUUUAUGAACAUAGGGCCCAGUUUGAAAAAUACCUGACAUUCUCCUUUAAACUAAUUUAAAAAAAAAAAUAGGCACACUUGUUGCUUUAGCAUGAUGUAAUGCAUUCCAGGUUAGAUAUCGCCACUGAUAUCUGAGGUAAUGAUUGAAUAUUUAAUGUAAGCCUUCCAGAUUAUUAUGUGAAUGUUUGUCGUCAGCGUUGUGUGAUGCAUGUCGUAUGAAACCUUAAGUUGGGUUUAUUUUGGGGAUUUGUUUUGGGUGAUUCUUGUUUUUCUAUCAUUGUAAAGUCUUAGCUAUGAGACUACAUUUGAUUUAAUUUAAUUGUGUGUUGUAAGGAUUACUUUAAUGAUAGGUGUUUAAAUUUGUCACUUUACCGAUUUUUCAACCAGCAAUAUGAAUGUAUUUAUUUUUCUUUUUUCCAAAUGCCAAAGCAAAACAUUAAUGAACACUAUUUGAAAUCUAAUACACUACAUAGAGAUUAUUCUGUACAGUCAAAGGCUGUGUUCUGUAACUGAUAAUUGUUACUGGAGUCUAUAAUUAAAUCUGUGCUAUCCUGA